GGUUAACUCACUGUAUAAUAUAAACCCAUGAUUCUUCCCGCUUGGAAUUCAUCUCUGGGGUUUCUCUCCAGGCGGGCCAUGGAAGGAGGGGGGAAAGUUUGCAAGCGGUGCAAGACAACAUUCGAUCCGGCGCUCAACACGUCGGCAUCGUGUCGGUUCCACAGCGCCAUGUUUGUGUGCCGCCGACACGACGAUCAAAAGAGGUACUACGAAUUGGGGCCCGACGACCCGCCCUACGACGCCAAAUUCUACGAUUGCUGCGGCGCGGAGGAUCCGCAGGCCCCCGGGUGCAAAACCCUCCCCCACAUUUCUUACGACGACAAAGAUCAUUGAAAGAUUUAGGGUUCUUAGUAGAGAGGGAUAUUCUGUCAUCCCGUUUGCCCCUGACAGAAUAUCCAUUGGGCUUGAGAGGGAUAUUCUGUCUUGUGUGUCCGUUGGCUUGCUCCUUGCACUGACAAGUAGCACUACCAGCGAGUGGCACAUCACCUUCAAAGCAAACCUUUUGGUU